CUCAACGAUCAUCAUCCUCGCCGAAACUCGCGUGAAAUCACGGCCAUCAUGGCCCGGCGCUGGCUCGAGGUAAGCCUCGCUCUCGUCCUUGCGGCGGCGACGCUGUCCUCGGCGCAGACGACGGUGCAACCGUUGAUGCCCAGCUGCCCGCCGGCGCCACUCAGCCUGUCUCCGUGCAUCGGCUACGUCUUCGGCGUCGGCUCGGCAACGCUCAACUCCUGCUGCUCCCAGCUCCGGACCUUCCUCCAGGCCCAGGCGCCUUGCCUCUGCGCCGCGUCCAAGCUCGCGCCGAGCCCCGUCGGGCUGUUCCUCGGCCAGGCCCAGGCCAUGAUCCCCAACGUCUGCAACCUGCCUAACCCAUGCGAUGAUGCUACCGGUGCGAGCACUGCGCCGGCAGCCUCCACGCCAUCGGGGGCAGGCAGUUCGUCUCCAGCUACUACUCCAUUGGCUCCGACCGGCCAGGUACCAUCUGCUGCUACGACGGCACCUUCAGCGACUCCGGCGGCAACCACACCAGCGACGUCUGAACCGACAAACACUCCGGCUGCUGAUCCAGACACGUCAGGAGCACCUCCUGCACCAGACGAGGAUUCUCCUGCAGUUGCAACGGCGCCAGGACAGGCUACGCCGGCAGGCGACGGGUCGAAACUCCCAGAACUGCUGCAUGCAGCUGGUUCGAGAAGCUCCAGGGGCACGGCUGCAGGAACUGUAUUGAUCACUGUGUUUCUUGCCUCUGUUGCAACCAUAUCCGUGUAAAUAUAACCUGCUAAGCUAGACAAAAAUCGAAAAGUAUACAACCUACAACAUCUUAUUUGCUAAAAUAUAUAAUAU